CUCUUGUCUAUGGUCGUGUUAUAUUCAAGUUGUAAGCAAAGGUGUAUUCUUCGCUACUGGUUGAAUUUAAGAAUAUAUUAAAGAAGUUUCUAGCGCAGUUAAUAAUAUUUUAUUAAUAUGUCGUCGUUAACAAAACCCAAGUCUGAAAUGACGCCGGAAGAACUCGCAAAGAGAGAAGAGGAAGAAUUUAACACAGGACCCCUUUCCGUCUUAACCCAAUCCGUGAAGAAUAAUACACAAGUGCUGAUUAAUUGUAGAAAUAAUAAGAAAUUAUUGGGACGAGUUAAAGCAUUUGACAGGCAUUGUAAUAUGGUUCUGGAAAAUGUUAAAGAAAUGUGGACGGAACUUCCACGUACAGGGAAAGGAAAGAAAAAGGCCAAGCCGGUAAAUAAGGACAGAUUUAUUUCAAAGAUGUUCCUUCGAGGUGAUUCGGUCAUCUUGGUUCUAAGAAAUCCAUUGGCGACCGUAACGGGAAAGUAACCUGUUUUUCAUUUCUCCAUUAUUUCACUUUACACAAAACUAUGACUUAAAAUAAAUUUUAUAAUUUAAGCUACAAAA